UGUAUGGGUUGAAGUGUUUGUAUAAGUGGGUCUUCUUUCUACAAUUUCACUCAAACAAAUGCUUGAUCUCACUUGUACCAACACUCCCUUGUGUACAAAUUUAAACCCCAAAAUUGGGAGGGCAAUGGCAUCAGGUACACAAGAUUCUGGGGAGCAAAAAUUACCACCCCAAACUCAAAGGUUGCAAAUUUACUCCAAUACAAAUACUGGGGUCUCCCCCUUUUGGAGAGAAAAGUAUGAAAGAGAAGCCAAGAGGUAUUGGGAUGUGUUCUACAAGCGCCACAAGGACAGAUGAUGAUGCCUUUCUUCAGUUUUUCAAAGAUCGGCACUACUUGGAUAAGGAAUGGGGCGCUUACUUUUCUGGAGGAGGAAGAAAAGUGAUUUUGGAGGCUGGUUGUGGAGCUGGAAAUACUAUCUUUCCUGUGAUAGCAUCUUAUCCAGAUGCUUUUGUUUAUGCCUGUGAUUUCUCGCCACGAGCUAUUGAGCUGGUUAAGAUGCAUGAAGACUUCAAGGAGUCCCAUGUUAACGCUUUUGUCUCAGAUUUGACAGCUGAUGAUCUGUGCAAAGAGAUGCUUCCAUCUUCAGUUGAUAUUGUUACAAUGAUAUUUAUGUUAUCUGCAGUGUCUCCAGAAAAGAUGCCUCUAGUUUUGCAAAAUGUUAGAAGAGUUAUCAAGCCAAAUGGAUAUGUGCUGUUCCGAGACUAUGCUACUGGAGACCUUGCUCAGGAAAGAUUCUCUGGCAAAGAUCAAAAGAUUAGUGAUGACUUUUAUGUUAGAGGUGAUGGCACUCGUGCCUACUAUUUUUCAAAUGAGUUCUUGACAAAUUUAUUCAUAGAAAAUGGUUUCAAUGUUCACAAACUUGAUGUUUGCUGCAAACAAGUUGAGAACCGCUCAAGGGAGUUGAUAAUGAAUCGGCGUUGGGUCCAAGCUGUAUUUCGCGUUUCAGAUGGUUCCAACUCUUCUUCCUAUAAAGAAGAUGAGGCCAAUCAUCUUGAUACUGAUAAUAUUGCUAAGGAAAUCAAGCAAAAUAAUUCGAAUGGUGGUUUAAAUGACUCAGCAAUUGACUUGUCUGAGGGUGUGGCAGCUGACAUGUUUGGAGUCUUACCUUCCAGUGAGUAUGAGGUUAUUGAAAUCAACCUUAGAGGCUGGAAUUUCAAGAUUAGUUUACUUUCAAAAGAGUACCAACAUACCUGCAAAUCAACGGGUUUGAUGCUAUGGGAAUCGGCUCGGUUGAUGGCUUCUGUCCUUGCCGAAAAUCCCAAUAUUGUUGCAGGAAAAAGGGUCUUGGAAUUGGGGUGCGGCUGUGGGGGAAUCUGCUCCAUGAUUGCUGCUAAGUAUGCUGAUCAAGUAGUUGCUACUGAUGGAGAUGGUUUUGCUCUUGACCUUCUGGCCAAAAAUGUUGCAUCUAAUAUCGAGCCACCAUUACUGACUAAACUAUCUACAAAAAGACUGGAAUGGGGAAAUAGGGACCACAUAGAAAGCAUAAAGGAAGUGAAUAAUAUAGGGUUUGAUGUUAUAAUGGGCACAGAUGUGACAUACAUUCCUGAAGCUAUAUUGCCUUUGUUUGCAACUGCAAAAGAACUUAUUGCUGCCAGUGGAAGCAGUCAAGAUGAUAAUGUUCCUGUACUAAUUCUUUGCCAUAUCUUUCGCCGUGUAGAUGAACCAACCUUGCUUUCUGCUGCAGCACAAUUCGGGUUUAGAUUACUAGACAAGUGGCCUACUGGAAUUUCAACUAAUUUGUCUCAAAGCAUUAUUGGCAAUUGGUUCAUAGACAAUGGUUUAAAGGAUGAUCUUCCUAGUACUGCAUUAAACAUUUUGCUCUUCUGCAAGGAGUGAAGUUUAGUUUAGUACUCUAGCUUGAAUGCAAGUUGGUUUCUUGAUUAUUCUGUUUAUUACAAUAAAAAGUGAGAAGUAGAAUACAAUUUUUAAGUUGAUUCAUUUAAGUACUUAACAAUCCGUUUGGACUAAUUUGUAGAUUUUAUGUGGCAGCCUGGGAUGGUUGUUGAGGAGAGUUUUGUUUAUGCCUAUUUUUGUUGUUCUUUUUAAAUUUCAUUGUUUUGCUCUUCACUUGGGGUGCCAUACAUAUGAACACGUGGUUGGAAAUGCA